CCAGAAGGAAGUGCGUUACCGUGAGAGCUGGUGCGUUUCAGCACCGCGGACAGCACAGAUCGCCAUGGCUCCGAUUGUGGUGAGCGGGGCCAGCUUUGAUGAAGUGCCGGCAGUUGUAGGGAUAGUCAGUGCGUUUGGCCUGAUAUUUACAGUGUCCAUGUUUGCAUGGAUCUGCUGUCAGCGCAAGUCGUCAAAAGCCACCAAAACCCCUCCUUAUAAAUUUGUGCACAUGCUGAAGGGAGUCGACAUCUAUCCUGAGAACCUAAGCAACAAAAAGAAGUUCGGGGCAGAUGAGAAAUCCGAUAACAAAGAUAAAGACUCUUCCAAAGCCAAAAUACCAAAGAACUCUCUCCAUCUAGACCUGGAGAACCGUGAUCAGAACGGAAAUUUCACCAAAACUCCUGCCAAAGUCCGCAGCUCCCCAGAAAUCGAGAACGUCCCGCCCAAGCCGUGCACGGACAGCGAGAAAGACAGUGUGACAUCGCAGACUCCUGUAUCAGACAAGCCGACCGCACCUUCUGAACAACUAAACAAUGCGCCUAACCUGGGAUCCCUGACGUUCUCCUUAAAGUACAACUUUGAUAAGAAAGCGUUACUUGUGAACAUUAUAGAGGCUCACGGGCUGCCUGCGAUGGAUGAACAAUCAAUGACAUCUGACCCUUACAUUAAAAUGUCAAUCCUGCCGGACAAAAAGCAUCGCGUGAAAACUCGCGUCCUCCGGAAAACCCUGGACCCGGCUUUUGAGGAAACCUUCACGUUUUACGGGAUCCCCUACAAUCAGGUACAAGAGCUGUCUCUGCAUUUCCUGGUGCUGAGCUUUGACCGCUUUUCCAGAGACGAUGUCAUUGGAGAAGUCCUGGUGCCAAUGUCAGGGAUCGAUCUAUCGGAAGGCAAAGUGCAGAUGCACAGGGACAUCACCAAGAGAAACUGUCGGAAAUCUGUGGGCCGUGGUGAAUUAUUAGUAUCCCUUUGCUAUCAAUCUACCACAAACACCCUGACUGUUGUUGUAUUAAAAGCCCGCCAUCUGCCUAAAAACGAUGUUACUGGAUUAUCAGCUGCUGACCCUUAUGUGAAAGUCAACCUGUACCAUGAUAAGAAGCGAAUAUCAAAGAAAAAAACCCAUGUUAAGAAGUGUACUCUCAACCCAGUGUUCAAUGAGCUGUUUGUCUUUGACAUUCCAUGUGAGGGGAUUGAAAACAUCAGUGUUGAGUUUAUGGUCAUCGAUUUUGACAGAAUGAUGAAGAAUGAGAUCAUCGGGCGCCUAGUGCUGGGAGCAUCAGCAGAAGGGACAGUAGGAGAGCAUUGGAGGGAGAUCUGUGAGCACCCAAGACGACAAAUUGCCAAAUGGCAUUGUCUUAGUGAUGGUUAGCAGUCAAACCACGGGUUGGACUUUACUGUUUGAUAAGGAAGGAACAAGCUGUGCAUUAACCAACCCAAAGCCUUUCUGAAACAUUUUCAAUUUAUACUAAAUACAUAUAAUUUGUACAUCUGAUUGUGGUAUAUAUUGUGAUCUGUACUGUAUAAGAUGAGGUGGCGUUGUUCUCUUGUUUGCUAACAAUUUUCAGAAAAAAGGUAGCUAUUAGAAUGGGUAGGCAAAAUAAAACUGUUUAAUGUAUUUCUGCAUUUUGUGUGGCUGUUCGAGUUGGGGAAUUUGUUUCUGGUGAUGAAGCUAUUAGUGUGUAUGUUUGAUGAAAAAAGUAGAAUUCAUGGGAAGGUUUUUCAAUGGAAACCUGUAACACAUUGAAUGAACUGAAAAUAUCUGAAGAAAAGCCAUUCUAAUGUUCAUAGCUUGAGAAACUAAAAGAAAUUAACAGGUCAUGUGUUGCCUUAACAUUGAAAUAUAUUGAAGUGGAGAGACACAGUGAUGGCACAAUGAGUUUGAUGUUGGCUUUUUAAUAACUGGGUUCGCUGUAGUCUACAUUUAUUUAAUGAAACUUCCUUCUAUUGGGAAACAAAAAAUAACUUACAUUGAAGGAACUUACUUUCCAGUCAACAAGGGCCCAAAGUAUAAUACAGUUUCUAAUUUGGCAUUGGUUGAAACUAAAUUGUCAGCAUUAUUUGGACAGGCAAUAGGAAUCACUGGAUAUGUCAUUGGCAUUGGCAAAGGAGAUGUAUUAUAUUUUUGCAGUAAUUGAUGUUUCCCUAAGUUUGAGGUAGAGGUAGGGUUAAGGAAACUUUAUUGGGGAUUUAAUUAUGCUGCACCUGACCUAGAAAUA